AUGAAAUCAGGAGGCACUCAGCUGAAGCUGAUCAUGACUUUCCAGAACUACGGACAAGCUCUGUUCAAGCCGAUGAAUAGGAUUCUUGACUUUCGGAGAGUCCCCCCGGUGGCGGGACGACUCGUCAACAUGACGAGUGAGAUCCGAGACAUGACCCGGGACAAGAAGCUGUGGAGGACCUUUUUCAUCUCACCAGCCAACAACGUCUGCUUCUACGGUGAAUGCUCCUACUACUGCUCCACCGAGCACGCUCUGUGUGGUAAACCAGACCAGAUCGAAGGCUCGCUGGCCGCCUUCCUGCCCGACCUGAACCUGGCUAAACGGAAGACCUGGAGGAACCCCUGGAGACGCUCCUAUCACAAGAGGAAAAAGGCAGAGUGGGAGGUGGAUCCAGAUUACUGCGACGAGGUGAAGCAGACGCCUCCGUACGACCGCGGCUCUCGGCUGCUGGACGUCAUGGACAUGACCGUAUUUGAUUUCCUGAUGGGGAACAUGGACCGCCAUCAUUAUGAAACUUUUGAGAAGUUCGGGAACGACACCUUCAUCAUUCACCUUGACAACGGGAGGGGGUUUGGAAAACACUCCCACGACGAGCUGUCCAUUCUGGUGCCUCUCAGCCAGUGCUGCAGGAUCAGGAGGUCCACGUAUCUGCGCCUCCAGCUUCUUGCCAAAGAGGAGUACCAGCUGAGCCUCCUGAUGGAGGAGUCUCUGCUGCGGGACCGCCUGUCCCCGGUCCUCAUCCAGCCUCACCUCCGCGCCAUGGACCGCAGGCUGCGGCUCGUCCUGCAGGUGGUGGCAGGCUGCGUGGAGAAGGAGGGCUACGUCAACGUGGUGGAGGAGGACCUGGUCGGGGACACGGCCACUCACAGGGGUCCAGGCCCCAGGUAGUGAGGGCCACACUUUUCA